AAAGUAUAUUUUUUCUCUGAAAUGUGGUGGAGUAUCAGUAUAAAAGUAGCAAAAAUGUAAAUAGUCAAUUAAAGUACCUUAAACUGGAAUAAAUGUACUUAGUAACUUUCCAUCCCAUACAUUUUACAUGCAUGAUUCAGUUCUUUUCUUUAAGCAUCAAUGGAUUCACGUCGCAGGAGCUGCAGAACAGGAAUAUAAGAUAUAGGAAACUCAGUGAUCAUAAAGAACCGGAACCGGAGCUGUAACCUCGAGUACAAAUGCGGUGUCCCUGUGACGGGUGCAUGUGGCGCUUGACUGCGCAAACAAGUCACUGGUUACGCGAGAUGCAGAGGAGGAGCUGCCGUCAGUGGCCCCAAGAAGAAACUUCCCUGUCAGUUGAGAGUGUGAUAACGACGUGAGGCGCAGCCCGUAUAGUGUCGGAGCAUGUUUGCAAACCAAAACCACAACAGUCUCCUGUGGAUUCACCUCGAUUUCAUAAACUUUGAGGACUAUGGAAGUUUGCUUAAGUGUCUAAAGGGGAUAUUUGGUGUCUCCAAAUGUCUCUUGGAUUUGUUUAUUACUGGACAACUUGGGGGAACGCGCUUUAAUGGAAAGUGUCACUACUUCGGAAGCCAUCGAUUAGAGUGAAACAGUGAAAGACGUCCCUGCAGGCAUGAACACCACAGCGGGGAGAUUUCAGCCGCCCACUAUCCCAGCUAUCAUGUUCAUUUUCGGGGUGGCGGGGAAUGUCAUUGCCAUAGUGGUCCUGCGGAUAUCACGAAAAGAACAAAAGGAGACGACUUUUUACACACUUGUGUGUGGUCUGGCUGUGACGGACCUCCUGGGCACCCUGCUGGCCAGCCCCGUCACCAUCGCCACCUACAUGAAGGGCUCCUGGCCAGGGGGCGAGCCCCUGUGCCAGUACUCCGGCUUCAUCUUGCUCUUCUUCUUCUUGGCCCAGCUCAGCAUUGUGUUUGCAAUGUCAGUGGAGAGAUACCUGGCGAUAAACCACGCAUACUUCUACAACGAGUACGUCAACCAAAAACUCGCCGCGCUGACUCUUUUGGGCAUUUACAUCUCCAACAUCGUGUUCUGCGCGCUGCCCAGUCUGGGGCUCGGCCAGGUGAAGCUCCAGAAGCCGGGGACGUGGUGUUUCAUCGACUGGCAGAACAACCACACGUCAGUCAAGACUUUUAACCUGAUGUACGCAGGUGUGAAUUCGGUCACCGUGCUGGCCACCGUCAUAUGCAACGUGAUGGUGUGCGGGGCUCUUAUCCUCAUGCACAAGAGGUUCAUCCGCCGCACGUCUUUGGGCACGGACCAGCGGCGCAUCGCGGAGCUCCGGCGCAGACGGAGUUUCGGACGAUUAGCUGGAGCAGAGAUCCAGAUGGUGAUCCUGCUCAUAGCCACCUCCGCUGUGGUUCUCAUCUGCUCCAUACCUUUAGUGUUGAGGAUCUUUGUGAACCAGCUGUACAGAAACCAGAAAGAAGAGCCUUUAGGGUUGAAUAAAGACUUGUUGGCCAUCCGCAUGGCGGCCAUCAACCCCAUCGUAGACCCUUGGAUCUACAUCCUGCUCAGAAAGACAGUGGUCCUCAAGCUAAUGGAGAAAAUCAAGUGUCUGUUCUGCAAAAUGGGUGGGAGGGGACGAAGGGGUGGCGGGCAGUUCCGCUGCGCCGACGGCCACCUCUCCUCCUCCAUCGUCUCCCGGGAUUCCCCGUCGUUGGUGUCACGUGAGCUGCGGGAAAUGGUGAGCACCUCGCAGACUUUCCUGUACCCGUCAGAGGGAAACAACGGGAGGCUGGGGUCGUUUCAAGCAGGGGCACAGGCCGGUUCCAGUCUGCCAGCCGAACAGAUGUUACAGGGUUCCCAAGAGGUUGAAGAGCCUGAGAAGGUUCUUUCACAGAGUGAUAUAGAGGACACAGACCCAGGUGGGCUACUGAAAGAGCUCCCUAUGUGCCCCAAGGACCCAGCUCUACAUGUGACCUUCACAGACGAGACUGCAAACCUACAGGAGAAAUGCAUAUAACGGUCAGCGUGAGCUGGACACGCAUUGAUCACUGUAAUAGGACUGUCUCAGGACAGAAGAUAGGAACUAAUGAGAGCGCUGCAAGGACAUGAUAGUAAAGGAAAAGCUUCUCAAGACUGAAUAACCAUCCAUCAAUCUGUAGAUAUCUAGUGGACUGCUAUUAAGAUGCCAUUUGACAGAUGUAUUACUGAACUAAACUCCCAGUAUCAAUGUAUUACUCCUCAGUCAUAGCUUACCACAAACACCAUAUCACUAAAUACACUUCAGCACACUCACAAUAACGAAACCCAUAGAGAACAACAUGACAUUAUAGAGGAGCUCUUUUGUUGCACUUUGUGAAUUCUGAAACCACCGCUAGGCUGUUAGUAAUGUUUGUUUCAUAGCAUUUUGACAACCUGCACAAUGACUGUAAAGAAUUCAUGCUAAAAUGUGAACAGUGUUCAAUGAUAUUAAUUUAUUCUAAGUAUGAUUUUAUACGUUAUUGUCUUCUCUGUGAGAAGGUCCAGAUAGUUUGGAGUCAUUUUAAAUCGGUACAAGAUGAGUAUGUUUGUUUUUUUUUUUUUAAUGGUACAUAGGCACAUUUGCAAACAAUUUGGUCAUACUGGUUGACAGAGCAGCUCGAACAUCAAAGCUAGAAUUGUACCAGCCCCUGUAUUUUGUAACAAAAGGCAGCUAUACUGUGGCUUUUUCACAGCUCAGAUACUGGAGGAUGUUAGGAGGCCUCCUAAACUAAUGUGUUAAUACAAAAUUCUAAAUUCACUCUGUUCAGCCCAUUUACUCUAUGAGGAUUGAUCCAGCUUCAUCUAAUUUUACCUAAAUAGAAUGACCUGAUCAUCUAAUCACUCUUUAUUGAGGAAUUAACACAGGGAAUUAAAAUUGCAGAUAGUAAGUGUUUCCGUUUGGGUUUGGCCAUUUUUUAAAAUGGAUUUUCUGAUUUAACACGGCACUAAUGCUGUUGCUAUCAAACACAUUUAUAUUUCAAUGUGUUUCUUUUUUUGUGGGGACAUCAUCAUCAAAUUUAUCAUAUGUACCAAACUCAUGAAUGAACUGAAAAUAAAAGUUGGUAAAUAUUCACCUAAA